UCAGGAAGCCUGGUUCUCAGCCUCGGGGUCCAUCCCUGGCUGCAGGGAGUUGAGGCUCCGGCGAGGUAGCAGUGGCCCGCAGCGGUCCCCUCCCCAUAGUGAGCCAUGGGUCAGAAGCUCUCUGGGAGCCUCAAGUCCGUGGAGGUGCGAGAACCAACGCUUCGGCCGGCCAAGCGGGAGCUUCGAGGCUCAGAGCCCGGGCGGCCAGGGCGGCUAGACCAGCUGCUGGACAUGCCUGCGGCAGGCCUGGCUGUGCAACUGAGACAUGCGUGGAACCCCGAGGACCGCUCUCUCAACGUCUUCGUCAAGGACGACGACCGCCUCACCUUCCACCGCCACCCGGUGGCCCAGAGCACGGAUGGCAUCCGUGGCAAGGUGGGCCAUGCCCGGGGCCUGCAUGCAUGGCAGAUCCACUGGCCGGCUAGGCAGCGGGGCACCCAUGCUGUGGUGGGCGUGGCCACAGCCCGUGCGCCUUUGCACUCUGUGGGUUACACCGCACUGGUGGGCAGCGACUCUGAGUCAUGGGGCUGGGACUUGGGCCGCAGCCGCCUCUACCACGACGGCAAGAACCGGCCUGGGGUGGCAUACCCUGCUUUCCUGGGGCCGGAUGAGGCCUUCGCUCUGCCAGAUUCUUUAUUGGUCGUGCUGGACAUGGACGAGGGCACACUUAGCUUCAUCGUGGAUGGCCAGUACCUGGGUGUGGCCUUCCGUGGCCUCAAGGGCAAGAAACUGUACCCGGUGGUGAGUGCCGUGUGGGGCCACUGCGAAGUCACCAUGCGCUACAUCAAUGGCCUUGACCGUGAGGUUGAUUUUGGCACCCGACUGGUGAGCGGCAGUAACCUGGCUGCUUCCAAGCGGCACUGUUACAGUAAUGCGGGAGAGGUGGGCAGCAGUAACCUGGAAAGUGGACAUGGGGGGCACACUGAACCCCUGCCGCUGAUGGACCUGUGCCGGAGAUCCAUCCGCUCAGCCCUGGGCAGACAGCGCCUGCGGGACAUCGGCUCCCUGCCCCUGCCUCAGUCUCUCAAAAACUAUCUGCAGUACCAGUGA